AUGAGUUCUUACUUUGUAAACUCGUUCUCAGGACGCUAUCCUAAUGCCCCAGACUAUCAGCUGUUAAAUUAUGGGGCCGGCAGUUCCAUGAACGGAUCUUAUAGAGAUCCAGGCAACAUGCACGCCGGCUCUUACGGGGGAUACAACUACAAUGGAAUGGAUCUGAGCAUCAGCCGAUCAUCCUCCUCCUCCAGCCACUUUGGGGCGGUUGGGGAGAGCUCUCGCGCCUUCCCUGCCCAAGCAGCGCCCGAAAGCAGGUUCAGACAGGCGUCCAGCUGCUCCUUGUCUUCUCCCGAAUCCCUUCCUUGCACCAGCAGCUCCAGCAGCACCAGCAAUAGCGGCGGCGGCGGCAGCGGCGGCGGCGGUGGCGAAAGCCAUGGAGGCAAGGCAGCCGGGUCCUCCCCUGCCGACCAGGCAGCCUCUGUUGGCGCGGCCAGCGCCACCGCAUUUGCCGAGAUAGACGAGACCAGCGCGUCCUCGGGGCCCGAAGAGAGCGGCUCCCAAGUCAACAGCAACGGCGCCCGAGCUCAGGCAGAGCCGAUCGCCACCUCCACGCCGGCCACGGAAGGACAAAGCCCGCAGAUAUUCCCCUGGAUGCGAAAGCUUCACAUUAGCCACGAUAUGACCGGACCGGAUGGCAAACGAGCCCGAACGGCGUAUACUCGCUACCAGACCUUGGAGCUGGAGAAGGAGUUUCACUUUAACCGCUACCUCACCCGCAGAAGGCGAAUAGAAAUAGCCCACGCUUUGUGUCUCUCCGAAAGACAGAUAAAAAUCUGGUUCCAAAACAGGCGAAUGAAGUGGAAGAAAGAUAACAAACUUAAAAGUAUGAGCUUAGCAUCUGGUGGCAGUGCUUUUCAGCCAUAAAUUAUAUCAAGGAGGAAUAUU